GGACUUCCGGGCCGGUGGUUGCAUCAGAUUCUGGGAAGGAGACGCCGUCUUCGGGGGACUGGGAUUCUUAGGAUGGCGGGUUCCUCCGAGGAGCAGGGUAGAGGCCGGCGGGAGCAGCCCGCAUGGUCCCCUCCGGCCGGGUCGGAGCCCUGCAAGCUGCGCCUGUACAACAGCCUCACCCGGAGCAAGGAGGUGUUUGUUCCCCAAAACGGGAGGAGAGUGACGUGGUACUGCUGCGGGCCCACCGUGUACGACGCCUCUCACAUGGGGCACGCCAGGUCCUACAUCUCCUUCGACAUCCUGCGGCGUGUGCUGAGGGGCUACUUCGGCUUCGACGUCUUCUACUGCAUGAACAUCACGGACAUCGACGACAAGAUCAUCAAGAGGGCCCGGCAGAACCACCUGUUCGAGCGGUAUCGGGAGGAACAGCCGUCCGCGGCCCGGCUCCUGGAGGACGUCCGUGCUGCCCUGCAGCCGUUCUCAGCGAAACUCAGCGAGACCACGGACCCCGACAAGAGGCAGAUGCUGGAGCGCAGCCUGCAGGCCGUGCGGCUCGCGGUGGAGCCGCUGGAGAGAGCGCUGCAGGCCGGCCUCGCCGCGGGGGACGUGGACAGCCGUGCGCAGGUGCUGCUGGAGGAAGCCAGGGACGUGCUGUCCGACUGGCUGGACUCCGCGCGCGGCAGCGAGGUGGCCGACAACUCCAUCUUCUCCGAGCUGCCCACGUUCUGGGAAGGGGAGUUCCACAAGGACAUGCAAGCCCUGAACGUGCUCCCUCCCGACGCCCUGACCCGGGUCAGUGAGUACGUGCCGGAGAUCGUGAGCUUCGUCCAGAGGAUUGUGGACAACGGCUAUGGCUACGUUUCAAACGGGUCUGUCUACUUCGAUACGGCGAAGUUCGCUUCCAGUGAGGGACACUCGUACGGGAAGCUGGUGCCCGAGGCCGUGGGGGACCAGAAGGCCCUGCACGAGGGGGAAGGCGACCUGAGUGUCUCGGCAGACCGCCUGAGCGAGAAGCGGUCCCCCAACGACUUUGCCCUGUGGAAGGCCUCCAAGCCAGGGGAGCCGUCCUGGCCCUGCCCGUGGGGCAAGGGCCGCCCGGGGUGGCACAUCGAAUGUUCCGCCAUGGCGGGCACCCUCCUGGGCGCCUCGAUGGACAUCCACGGAGGGGGCUUUGACCUCCGCUUCCCCCACCACGACAACGAGCUGGCGCAGUCGGAGGCCUACUUUGAGAAUGACUGCUGGGUGCGGUACUUCCUGCACACGGGCCACCUGACGAUCGCGGGCUGCAAGAUGUCCAAGUCCCUCAAGAACUUCGUCACCAUCAAGGACGCCUUGAAGAAGCACUCAGCGAGGCAGCUGCGCCUGGCCUUCCUCAUGCACGCGUGGAAGGACACCCUGGACUACUCGGCCAACACCAUGGAGUCCGCCCUGCAGUACGAGAGGUUCCUGAACGAGUUCUUCUUAAACGUGAAAGACGUUCUCCGCGCCCCCGCCGACAUCCCCGGCCAGUUCGAAAAGUGGGGGGAGGAGGAGGCAGAGCUGAACGAGAGCUUUCUCAGCAGGAAGGCGGCGGUGCACGAGGCCCUCUGCGACAACGUGGACACGCGCACCGCGCUGGAGGAGAUGAGGGCUCUGGUCAGCCAGUGCAACCUGUACAUGGCUGCCCGCAAGGCCGCGAGGAGGCGGCCCAACCGGGCUCUGCUGGAGAACGUCGCGCUGUACCUCACGCACAUGCUGAAGGUCUUCGGGGCCAUCGAGGAGGAGAGCGCCCUGGGCUUCCCUGUCGGAGGGCCUGGAAGCAGCCUGAACCUCGAGAGCACGGUGCUGCCGUACCUGCAGGCGCUGUCGGACUUCAGGGAGGGCGUGCGCAGGAUCGCCCGGGACAGGAAAGUGCCCGAGGUCCUGCAGCUCAGCGACGCCCUGCGGGACGACGUCCUGCCCGAGCUCGGAGUGCGGCUGGAGGACCACGAAGGCCUGCCGACCGUGGUGAAGCUGGUGGACAGGGAGACCCUGCUGCGGGAGAGAGAGGAGAAGAAAAGGGUCGAGGAGGAAAGGAGGAAGAAGAAAGAGGAGGCCGCCAGGAAAAAGCAAGAACAAGAGGCGGCCAAGCUGGCCAAGAUGAGGAUCCCGCCCAGUGAGCUGUUCUUGUCGGAACGGGACAAAUACUCCAGGUUUGAUGAAAACGGCCUGCCCACACACGACGCGGACGGCAAGGAGCUGAGCAAAGGACAAGCCAAGAAGCUGAGGAAGCUCCUGGAGGCCCAGGAGAAGCUGCACACGGAGUACCUGCAGAUGGUCCAGAACGGGGGCGUCCUGUGACCAGGCCAGGGGCCGGGCGCGCUGCCCGAGCCUCAGCCUUGCGACCCCGCACCGGCAGGGGCAGCACCCCACCCCAGCGUGUUCACGGACGGGCCCUUGGCCCUGGCGUCUGUUCACCCGGCCGGGCUGCCGCCGCCGGCCCAGGGACCACAGCAAUAAAGUCUGCCCCACCGCCCA